AUGUCCAACACCGAGCAACGGCCCUAUGUGCAGGCCAAGAAGAUCGAAACCGAGUUUACGCUCAUUGACACCGACCCACAUUUCAAGAGAGUCUGUCGAUAUGCCCGCCGCUCGGACUAUGCUGUUGGUGCGGCGACGGCGGCUUUCCCGCCCAUAGCUAUGUUGGUGAUGGAGAAGAUCCAGCCUUCGAUGGUGGGAAAGGGAGGUUUUGCCCCGAUUAUGCGGCUUACCGGAGUGAUUGGAUUGAGUGCUGGAUUCUUGAUGUUUUACCAGCGAUCGUGCUUGCGCUUCUAUGGCUGGACAGAAAACAAACGGGAAGUCGAUAUGGACAUGCGAGAGAUGGUGGAUAAAGUCAAGAAAGGCGAGCCUCUAUAUGGCGCCAGCACCUUGACCCCAUAUAUGCAGGGCGUGGCCAGCCGAAACUCGAGAUAUUCGGCAGUCUUCCUUCAUAUCAUUCCGUGGUUCAACUUUGUGAAUCAUAACCAGCAUGGUGUGGAUACGGCGAAGUACUACCAACAAGCGGAGAGGGAGCUAGAGGCUGAGGGCGGGGGAAAGGCACCUAAGAAUUAG